AAGAGGAAGGGAAUUUAAGAACAAAUGUGCAUAAUAUGGCAGAUUAGGACGCUUGAGAUAAGGGGGGUGGAUGGAGAUGGGCCCCUUGCUGAGAUGUAAACGGGGGAGGGGUCCUCAAAUGGUCAGAGAAACCCCUCCUGCAGGGGUGCAUGUUGCUAAAACUAGGGCUAUGAAUAGAAAGCUGAUUACAGAGCAGUCAGCAUUUUGUGUUUCGUUGCAGUGGCGCCGAUGGUCUGACAUCUCUCCCCCCCCCUGUUAUUUCCACCCAAAGUGUUUCACAGUUUUUCACUGAGCGUUUUUUUUCCUGCCUUUUAGGGCUAAAUUGCAGACAGGAAUUAUCUUCCUCUGUUCUACAUCACGACAGAUAGAGCCAAACCUCUGUCGUCCGUCUCCAAAGGACUUGUCUAUUAUUAAAAGCUUUUAAAUGGAGCAGCGUGUUGGCUGACGACCAAAUCCGGCUCCCUCGUUGCCACGGAAACGCAUACCCUGAGCUGUCCUUUUUUCUUUCUUCUUCCCCCCUCUUCCCCGCAGGCUCAUAUUUCAAAAAUGUCAGCUAUCGCGUGCAGCUCACGCUGCUGCCUUUCAGCUAAAAGCUUUUUGUCCUGCCAAUGGAGCAGAGCAGAGGGGAAAAGGAGAGCGGACGCGGGGGAGUGGUUAAAAGAGAGGGAGGGAAAACAAAGUGCCUCCCCCUUGUCGUUGCCAAGGCAACUUGAUGUCACGGUGACAUCACACACCCCUAAAAGCUUUUAACCGGAUUCCUCUCCCGCCUUAGGCCCCAUUUUGAGUUCUCUUUCAGCUAGGCUAGGGGGGGAAGGGCAGAGUCAGGACGUCAGGCGUUUGUGCCUGCUUGCAAGUAUCACUCCCUCCUUGCAGAUUCCACACGGCUCUCAGCACAGUAAAAGCCUUUCAAACACAACCAACCAAAGAUCCUGUUUCUGCAAACAAAGCCAGGGGACACCAUUUUCAAAAAUGGCAACAGAGGACGGUUUCAGCUACCUGAUGGGGGGUCAGAGCGAGAAGCACAGGCGGGCCCCGAACUGGACCGACGGCGAAAUGAAAGCCCUCCUGUACGUGUGGGAGGAACACCACCACGAGCUGAAAAUGAGCAAGAGGAACGCCAAGGUUUACGAGAAGAUGUCCCAGCGGUUUUACCAGCUGACCGGAGAGCAGCGCUUUAAAGAGGAGAUCAAGAUGAAAAUCACCAACAUGUCAUUUCAGUACAGGCGACUGAAAACCGUGGUUUCUGAGAGUGGGGAGACGCCAGACUGGCCGUACUUCAAGGCCAUCGAGAAGAUCCUCUCCAAGCCGCCGGAGAACGGACGUUUGAACUCUUUGGAGUUUCAGGCCUCCGCCGCAGGUCCCUCCACCUCCUCCCAGUCUACAGACAACCUGGUGCCCCAGUCCGAGGAAGGGGGGCUGGGAUACCUGCCAGAGUACACGGGCUCCUCAGACGAGAUGGAGAUAAAACAAGAGCUGGACUCGUUGAGCUCCGACAGUGAGACGCAGGAUUCCAGCUCUCACCCUACUUCAGCCAGGAAAAGACAUGCCAACAAGCACCUGUCCAUGAAGAGGAAGAAACUGCGGGUGAUGCAGGCCAUGCUGCAGCAACAGAAGAAGUCGAGCCGGGCCAUCGAGGAGACGUGCAGGGAGGUACGUCGAGCCAUGCACCAACAGAACCUCCUGCAGGUCCAGUGCCUGCAGCUGCAGGAGCGCAUGAUGAACCUUCUCGAGAAGAUGAUCCAGCCCCCCUCCACCACGUCGGCCUCCUGGGGUCAGAGUGGGGUCAAAGAUCCAGCGAAGCCAUGAAGCAUGAGGGUUGUGGUGGUCGGGGAGGGAUCACGGUCUUGCCUCACUUAAAGCCUUGUUGAAGCGGGAAGAAAAUAAUAUUUAUUUUGGAUUUCAGUUCAACAGUUUGGGAUCCAAAUGUCAAAGUGUAGCUUUCAACAGUGCAGAAAGUUACGGAUAUAAUGUUACCGUGUUUUGAAAGGGGAAUGGAUUGAAUUACCCGUGUUGAUGACCAUAAUGACCUAUGCUGGCACAUGAGCAUCCCACGUGUGUCAGACACCAAUGUGAACUUUUAUGUUAGCUAGAUCUCAUAGCUAUCCCUAUCAGAUCAGAUGUUGUGCUCAUUUGUCAAGUACCCAAUUGAAAUACCUGUGAGAGCAACAGCAUUGCAAAAUACAGACUUAUCUGGUCACUUUUUCACUGUGCCGGAAAAAUUAAAGAUGCCAAAGGUCAACAUACACGGCUGAAGCCUGCAGAAAUGUUCAUUUUGUGAAUCUUAUUUAGCUGCGAUGGAUGCAAAUUGAAAAAUGUUUGAGUCCACUGACGUUUUUUUUUGUUCAUAUCCAGAAAAUUGUGGUUGUGCGUUACUGUGACUCGGCUCUCUGCCUGCACACUAAUUGGACUGACUGAGCACAAUCAGAUAAUAUGCAGUGUAAUUGUGCAUUAUGCAUUGUGCUCUUAGAAUUAGAUUAAGGCCCAAAGCCAAACGGAGACAAAAACAGAGAUUGACAUUUAAAUUCCUGAGAAUGCAAAGAUGUCCUGUUUUCGUGUGCAUUUCUGCCAAAUAAAACAACACGCAAUCUACCAUUA